AUGUUGUGACUCUUUAUAAGCUAGAGAAGGAGUCAUGGUGUAAAUUUCACGGCCCCGGCACUACACCCGUGGCUAUGAGAGACAACGACUAUACUCUUAGCCACACACGCAACGACUACGCCCCCAGCCCGACGCCGUUCAAAGGAAACAUGAACGACAAUCUCGACCACGAUACCAGCAAGCCGAUGCUUGCGUACCUACCGAAGAAUAUCUCCCCCGAAGUGUUGCGUUCUAUCGCUCAGUCUGUCUUGAUUCUUUUGGCCGCCCUCUGAUUGGCCAUCCGUUCCCGAUCCUUUCUU